AUGAGUAGUGACUCGCGAAGUGAUAGUAGCAGUGAUAGCGACACCAGACAGAAUGCUGGAAACGAACUUUUUGAUAAGUUCGAUGGAGAAAUGAUUGUGGAACUGGAGAAAGCUGCAAGUUUUUCAACUGUAGUUGAAAAGGAACCGAAGAGCUAUCAGUAUCGUAUGAAGUUGAUUAUGGCUUUACGUCAAAAUGGUGAACUGAAAGCUGCUCGGGAGCAGCGUGAAUGUAUAUCACAAAUAUACUUAAUGCCUCCAUCUUUUUGGAUGGAUUGGAUUGAAGAUGAGAAAUCUGAUAAGGGAGACAAAGAUGUGCUGAAGCUAAUUUUUGAACGAGCAUGUCGGGAUUUCCAUAGUCCUGAUAUUUACUUGGAAUAUGUUCAGUGGGCUUGUGGUGUAUCUCUUGAAUUUGCUAGAGAGAAAAUGGAGGAAGCAGUUAUAAAAGUUGGUGUUCGUGCAGAUUAUGCGUCAGUAAUCUGGAAUGUAUAUUUGGACUUCGAAAAAAUGAUUUUAACUUCUAUGAAUGGAGAAAAAGAUGAAAAACAAAGACAGCUUGUGGAGUCACUUUAUUAUCGGUUACUCUGCAUACCUCAUAUUAGUAUUGAGGAAUCAUGGUCUGAAUACAAAAGUUUUACAGAUGGCAAAGUCUCAGAUCAGUGUCGCAAAGCAUUUGAACUUUCGGCACAGUAUGUAUCAGAUCUUCUCCAAUAUGAAAAACGUCUUUAUGAUGCUACAGAUGUGGAUGAAAAAUUAAUUUCGUUGUUAGACUAUAUCGCAUUUGAAAAGCAUUCCAAUGAUCCGGCCAGAAUUCAGAUGAUUUUUGAACGAUCUCUUUGUACACUUGCUUCAUAUCCAAACUCAAAUAUUUGGUUGCAGUACGGGAAUUGGCUGGAUACUGAAUUAAAAUUGCCACAGAUUUCCGUGGACGUUUAUGCACGAGCUGUGCGUCAUGCGCCAUGUUCGGCACUUUGGCAACAGUACUUUUCUGCUCUUGAACGAUCGAAUGCUCCAUCUGAAGAAAUUGACAGCAAAUGGCCUGAUGCUCAGGAUUCAAUAACAACAGCCGAUGAAGGAUUUUCACUUUAUCGUACUUAUAUUUAUUUGCUUCGCAGACGAGUAGCCAGCAAAGGAAACAGUGAUUACACAAUUGUACUAGAAAAAUUUGAAGAAGGUGCAUCAUUUUUAAGCGAAAAAUUUGAAUCUCAUUGGGACAAUCCAAAAGCUCAGUACCGCAAAAAUUAUGCCUUGUUUUUGUACACAGUAGCAAAGCAGCCCGAUAAAGCUCGGAAGAUUUGGAAUGAUAUUCUGGCAUCAGGAAGUGGUCAUCUUGCUGCAGCUUGGAUAGAAGCCGCCAAUUUGGAGCGUUUUUUUGGCACUCUAAACAACGCUCGCAAAUUGCUUUACAGAGCUAUAAAUUCAGCUAGUGACCAUCCAUUUACGGUCUUUGAAGCUCUCAUCCAGUUUGAGAGAGAAGUAGGUACCAUUGAAGAACUGGACAUAGCUUUAGCAAAAGUGAAUUCUCAAGCUGUUCGGAUUUCAUCGCGAGGAGAGAAGUCUAAAUUCGAAGGGGGAAGUAGUAGAAAACGAAGAAAAGAACGUACUUUAAAUUUUGUUGACAAAAAAAAGAAAAUUGAAAAUGCAUCAAAUGAAGAACCUGAAUCUGCUGCAUAUGAUAGGGAACUGAAAAAUCUUUCAGAAUCAGUUGCUAUAGAUCAUAAUGAAAUAGAAAUAGGGGAUUCCGGUCAUAAUAAGGUGGACAAUGACGGUUUUGUUAUUCCGCAGCUCCCUCCGACGAUGUCAAAGAUAGAGGCUACUUCAAGUGAAGACGUUUUACCAGUUUCAAUAAACAACGAUUCUGCACAGCAGCAAAAUACUGUUUUCAUAUCCAAUCUCGAUUUCAAGCUGACCAAAGAAAGAUUAGAAGAAAUCUUUCCGAAUGCCAAAGAAGUGCGACUUAUUUAUCGUGGGAUGAGCAAAUUAAAUAAAGGAUUUGGGUAUGUAGAUUUUUCCACUGAAAUAGAAGCUCAAGAAGCUUUAAAAAUGGAUCGAAAGCAUAUCGAUGGCAGACCACUAUAUGUUUCUAAGUAUAAAUCACAAAAAGGGAAACCUUCCGAAUUUCGUUACAACAUUGGCUUAGAAAAAAACAAAGUUUUUGUUAAUAACAUCCAUUACGAUGCAUCAGAGGAUCAGUUGAAGGAGAUUUUCAAAGUGUUUGGUACCAUACGUGAUAUUCGUAUUGUAACGCACAAAUCUGGUAAAUCAAAAGGUUGUGCCUACAUAGAAUAUGAAACCGAUGAAGAUGCUGCUAAUGCAGUGAGAUCUGGAGAAAACCUUUUUCUGCUAGAACGAAAAUUGGCCGUUGCAAUUAGUAAUCCACCAAAACGUAAAGAUCAGCAACAGUCGUCUUCAACUUCAACCAAUUUGUCCCACAAGCGAAGCAAAAUUACACUUAUUCCUCGAGCUCUAACGCGAACUGUAGCAGCACCAAGUGGUCAUGAUGAUGUCGAAAGUAAUGGUUUAAAAGCCUCGUCGAACAUAAAAAUGUCUAAUGAGCAAUUCCGGUCCUUUUUAAAAUGA